CUUCCCCCCCCGCACUGUAACCCCACAUCUAACCUUUACCUCUUGUUGGCUCUUUCCCUGAACUUCAUUCCACUUGAGAUGCUCGUUCAUAAGCUCUGUUCUCCCUUCCGCAACGCAGCAUUAUCUUCAGUAGCCCACUCAAAACCUUCAUCGAACAUUACGCGCUUCAAAGCUUCACCGCGACUGCCACCAGCUUCCAACCCGCAUAAACAAUACCAACUUUUCAGUACACAGACAACCCUUACGAUGUCUUCCGACCUUUCCGUCGAAUUGACAGCCCCCAAUGGCGUCACGUACACCCAGCCCAUCGGCCUGUACAUCAAUGGGGAGUUCGUAAAGAGCAGCAAUGGCCAGAAGAUCGAGACGAUCAACCCCACAAAUGAGACCCCAAUCACUUCCGUGUACGCAGCUACCGAAGACGACGUAAACGCUGCAGUUGCCGCAGCCCGCGCCGCCUUCAAGAACCCUACAUGGCGCGACAUCCCCGCCACCGAUCGCGGGACGAUGAUGUUCAAGCUUGCCGACCUCAUGGACAAGCACGCGGAGACACUGGCCACCAUUGAGACAUGGGACAAUGGAAAGCCAUAUAGCGUGUCUCUCAAUGACGACGUCGCGGGCAGCGCGACGGUCUUGAGGUACUAUGCCGGCUACGCGGACAAGAACCACGGCCAGACCAUUGACGUCGGUGCCGAUAAGUUGGCAUAUACUAUCAAAGAGCCCGUUGGCGUUUGCGGGCAGAUCAUCCCCUGGAACUUUCCACUGGAGAUGGCGGCGUGGAAGUUGGGACCGGCUUUGGCGUGUGGUAAUACGGUUGUCCUCAAGGCAGCGGAGCAGACCCCGUUAUCGAUUCUGUACAUGGCUAGUUUGUUGAAGGAGGCUGGUUUCCCGCCAGGAGUUAUUAAUAUUAUCAACGGGCAUGGAAGAGAGGCUGGGAAGGCACUUGCGAGCCAUUUGGACGUCGAUAAGAUUGCGUUCACUGGUAGCACCACUACGGGCAAGGAGAUUAUGAAGAUGGCAUCCAUUAACAUGAAGAACAUCACUCUCGAGACUGGUGGAAAGUCUGCGUUGUUGAUCUUCGAUGACGCCGAGCUUGACCAAGCUGUCAAAUGGGCUCACAUCGGCAUCUUCUACAACCAAGGUCAAGUCUGCUGCGCCACAUCCCGCAUCCUCGUCCAGGAGGGUGUCUAUGACAAGUUUGUCGCUGACUUCAGCAAAUACGUCUCUGAGAUCCAAGUCGUCGGCGACCCUUUCGCCGCAACCACCAGCCAAGGCCCUCAGAUCACCAAGGUACAGCACGAGCGCGUUCUCGGCUUCGCCAAGUCCGGCAAGGACCAAGGCGCGAAGCUGGUCUGUGGUGGAGAGAGCUUCACAGACGUAGGCGACGGAAAGGGAUACUUCGUCAAGCCCACUAUCUUCUCAGACGUCAAGCCCGAGAUGGACAUCUACAAAGAGGAAGUUUUCGGACCCUUUGUUGUCAUUGCAUCUUUCAAGACCGAGCAGCAGGCUAUCGAGAUGGCUAACGAGACGAUCUACGGCCUGGGUUCGGCUGUUUUCACGCAGAAUAUCCAGCGUGCGCAUGGCAUUGCGAGGAAGCUGGAGGCGGGCAUGGUAUGGAUUAACUCGAGCAAUGACGGUGACUUCAGGGUGCCAUUUGGAGGCGUGAAACAGAGUGGGAUUGGCAGGGAGCUCGGGGAGGCGGGGUUGGCUGGGUAUACGAACUCGAAGGCUGUGCAUGUUAAUAUCGGAACCAGGCUGUAAAGUGCUUGAGGGGUUGAGGAAUGGUGGAAUGCCUGCCCCUGAAAAGGGCUAGCCUGGACAUAUUGUACAUUUGAAUCAAUUGGCUGGAUAUUGAUGUCCCGUAUCCCAAAAAUACGGAUUUAGUCAAUAAUGCACUUAAUUUACAUUUAGAGUUUAGAGUAUACUAUCCAUCCU